GCCUGAGCCGUAGAAGCCGUAGCAUCUGCCGUGGCUGCUUCUUAGCCCCCCUCAUGAUUGUUUUUGUGCCCCUCUCUCUCCCCCUGCCCACCCAGGAGGCGUUUGGCCCGACCGGAAGUGCCAGUGGUGGUGGACCCAGAGACGGGGGGCUUCCUCCUCCAGUGUCGCUGCCAGAAACCUCAGCCAGUCAAAUGCACCCUGACAGUAAAUUGGCCAGCCAUGGAAAGACAGGUAACAGCAGCAGUGCCCACUCCCAGCCCCGGCCCCACCCUGUCAGCCCCCCUCCCAUCGGCCACCUGGGCGCUAAGGAUGUGGGCGGGGCAGGGAGCCAGGGCAGCAGAGUUGGCCAGCCCGCCACAGGCCCUCUGGCACUGAAAGCCAGCCAGGCUCCUGUUUCUGUCUUUGGGGCCUUGAAGGGCAAAGUCAGGCGGGAACGCAGCGUCUCCAUGGAUUCCGGAGAGCGGCGGGAAGCGAGUGCCACCCCACUGGACAAGGAGCUGAAAGGCGAGACGGUCCCUCGGAGCAAGAGGCGCUGCGUGCUGGAGAGGAAGCAGCCCUACAGCGGGGACGAGUGGUGCUCUGGGCCGGAGAGCGAGGAUGACGACAAGUCCCUGGGCAGCAGCCACAAUUGCCACGUAGCCGAGUCGGCCAUGAGCGGAAGUGCGCAGCUGGGCCCAGGAUCCAACCCUUUGCCAGCCCUGAGCGAGAGCAAUACGCCUGGCGCCCCUCACAGCACGGCCCCCAGCCUGCGCUCAGACGCUGGAGGAAAGCAGGGCCUGCAGCUGGUCUACGUCUUCACCACGCACCUGGCCAACACGGCUGCGGAGGCUGUCCUUCAGGGCCAGGCGGACUCCAUUCUUGGCUACCAUCAGCAGCAUGUGCCCCGGGCAAAGUUGGACCAGCCGGCCCCUCUCCCGAAGAUGCCGGGCGCCGUUGAGCCCCUGCCGCUCCACUUGUCUCCUGCCAAUACGCCUCAGGGACCGCCGGCCCUGCCCCCAAGCAGCCAGCCCCCAGGACAGCAGGCAGGAGGGCCCCCCCUGGGGCUCGGCCAAGGGCCUCUCUCUUCCAGCAACGCCCUCCCGCCAGAGGGGGCCCCCGAGGAGUCUUGCCAAGACCUGACGCCCAACUCGAUGGGAAAUGGCAGCAACAGCAGCAGCUCCGCGGCCCCCAGCAGCACCCACCCCAGCACCCCCACCACGCUCGGCUCCCUGCAGGCCAGCACUGCAGAGGGCCUGUUGGGGGAGGGGGCCAGCACGGGACCCCCUGCGGCAGGAAAUGGCCCUCGCAACCCCCUCAACACCGAAGGCCUCUCCAAGGAGCAGCUGGAGCACCGGGAGCGCUCGUUACAGACUCUGCGGGACAUCGAGCGCCUGCUCCUGCGUGGCAGCGAGGCUGAGCCCUUCCUCAAGGGCGGGCCAGGCCCCGGUGAAGGCACCAUCCUGCCCACCCAGGCUGCAGCCCCUCAGCCUCCCCAGGCUGCUCUCUCCGGGGCGGGGGUGAAGAAGUAUGAAGAGCCGCUGCAGUCCAUGAUUUCGCAGACGCAGAGCCUGGGGGGCCCAGGCCUGGAGCAGGAGGGGCCAUUGCCCCCGGGGGUGGACCUGAGCCAGCCAAUGAACAUGGUGCUGCAGCGCCUCGGCCAGGACAGCCUGACCCCCGAACAAGUGGCCUGGCGCAAGCUGCAGGAGGAGUACUACGAGGAGAAGCGUCGUAAGGAGGAGCAAGCCGGACUGCAUGGCGGGCGGCCACUCCAGGAAGUGAUGCUGGCCCAGCCCCUGGGAGGCGUGAUGCUUCGGGGGCCCCCGCCACCCUACCACAGCCGGCCCGGGGAGCAGUGGUUGCUGCGGGGGGCAUCCCUGGACAUUCAGGAGCAGCUGCGGCCCACCUUCUCUGGCCCCCGCGGCUUCCCGGGCGGCCAUGUCCAGAGGGGCUUUGCCACGAUGCCCCUGGAGUCCCUUGGCCCGGGUGGCGGUGGGCCCCGCCCCAUACAGCCCGGCCUACCGUGGGGUGAAGACCUGCCUCUCAGGGGUCCGGGACACUUUGCGCCUGGGGGCCUCUCGUACCCCCCAGUGCAGGGCGAGGCGGAGCGCUUCCUGCCAUCCCGCGCCCGUGAGGACCUGCUGCGUCACUCCCUGCUGGAGAAGCGCCCGGGGUCUCUGGGGCUGGAGAUGGAGCGUGUACUGCCAACCCACCGGCAGGUGGAGCCUGGCCUGUUUGCCGGGGAAGGCCUGGGCUUGGAGUUUGGGGGGGCCCGGGCCCUGAUGAGCCCCCCACCCCCACUGCAGGAGGUGGAGCCGAGCGCCUUGGCCACACCCACCAACCUGAACAUGAACGUCAACAUGAACAUGAACCUGAGCGUGCAGAUGACGCCCCAGCAGCAGCAGCAGCAGCAGCAACAGAUGCUGCUGGCCCAGAAAGCCCGGGGGGCGGAACUGAUGUCCCACGAGGAAAUGGCCAGGGGACGCGCCCCAAAUGGCACCGGGGCCCUGAUGGGGGGCCCCCCGAAGAUGCUGAUGGGGUCGCCCUUCCCAGGCCAGGGGCAGCAGCAGGGCUUCUCCGGGCAGGGUCCCUACCCCCCUGUGCUGCAAGAGAUGGGCGGCACGCCUGAUAUGUUUGGCCCGGAGCAGGGCGGCAUGGCCGGCACCCCACGGCUCAGCCACGUUCCCCUGCCACCCAGCACCAGUGCCUCGGCCAGCAACAUGCACGCAGCUCCCAUCCGGGGCCUGGGCCGCCGCCCCUCGGACCUGGCCCUCAACAUGGGGCCGAUGAACUCGCCCAGCGUGGGCCGCCUGAAGUCUCCCACCCUCAGCCAAGCACAUUCCCCCCUGGGCACGUCCCCUUCGGCCAACCUCAAGUCGCCUCAGACCCCUUCUGCCCUGGCCAGCCUGCCAGCCGCCAGCAGUGCCCCCCUCAAGUCCCCGCAGGUGCUGGGCUCCGUGCUCAAUGUCCGCUCCCCAACUAGUUCGCCCGGCCACCUCAAAUCGCCCUCCAUGGCCGUUUCUUCCCCAGGAUGGGCGCCCUCCCCCAAGGCCAGCCUCGCCAGCCCAGGAAAGCCAGCCCUGGGAAUGGGCAACUCCGCCCCCUUGGGCCACCUGGAGCAAGGCGCUGUGCCCUCUGGGUCUCGGAGCAGCUCCUCUGCCCCGCCUGGCAACGUCUCUGGCCCCCUGAACCCCAGCCUGCCUUUUCCUUCCUCUCCAGAUCCACCCCCAUCCCAGAACCCUUUGUCCCUCAUGAUGUCCCAGAUGUCCAAAUACGCCAUGCCCAGCUCCACGCCACUCUACCACAAUGCCAUCAAGACCAUUGCCACCUCGGAUGACGAACUGCUCCCGGACCGGCCCCUGCUGCCGUCUGGGGCUAUGUCUGGCAUGGGCGGAAACCAGCCCAAUCCAAUGCACGUGAACUCUGUGGGGCCAGCCCCUGUGCCGAGCCCUCUGGGCCUGAACCUCGCUGGACAGCAGCUGCUCUCCCAGGAAGUGGCAGCCCCCCCGAUGUCUUCGCCCAGCCCCCUGGGCACCGGCCUCCCCAUGCACAGCGGCGCUCCUGUGCAGAACUCGAUGAUGCCCCCCGGCCCCCCCGAUGCCCUGGGCCAGCCCUGCGGCCCUUCUGGCCAGCUGGUAUUCGCACCGCGUCUGCAGCAGCCCCCCGCCAAUGGCGGCAUUCCAAUGGCCCCAGGAGGGGCGGCCGGACCCGGGCUGCAGCAGCCGCCUCCCCCACAGCAACACCACUACCCGCCUGGCUUGGGAGUCCCUCCAGAGGAGCUGCCCCCCCAGCAGGUGCCCCCGCAGCAGCGCCUGGCCGGGCGGCUGCCGGAGCCCUACCCCUCUGUGGCCUCCGUGCUGAGCGACCCAGAGCUGAGCGACGUGAUCCGCCCCACACCAACGGGCAUUCCCGAGUUCGACCUCUCCCGCAUCAUCCCUUCCGAGAAGCCCAGCAGCACGCUGCAGUACUUCCCCAAGGGGGGGGAGGGCCAGGGGGUCAAGGGCCUGCCCCCCUCCAACCUGCACCUGGCGAGCCUGCAGAACAUGAUGGUGGAACAGGGCCAGGCCCGGCCCGGCCCACAAACGAUGCCGCGAGGAAUGACCCUGUGCCACCCCGGACAGAUGCCCGUGCUGGGCAGGACAGGCCUGCCCCCCCAGCAGAGCCUGGUGGGCAACAGCCUGCCCCAAGGGCUGAUGCUGCCCCAGCAGAGCCUCCUAGCCCAGCAGAACUUCCUGCUCAUGCAGGCCAAGCAACGCAGCAUUUCCGUCUCCGGAGAGAUGUACGGGCAGCCGGCGGGGCACCUGAUCUCCCCACAGGGCCCCCUUAUGGGCCCCCCGUCCCAGCAGAACCUCAUGGUCUCCAUGCGCCAGCGCAGCGUCUCCUUGGACGGCCAGAUGAGCUACGGCCCCGGAGCCGGCAGCAUGGCCAACCUGCCCUUCUAAGGCCCGUCCCGCCUUCUCUGCUUGACUUCUGGAAGGAGGAAUUGGGAAUUGGUGUCGGUAGGUCUGGGGGAGCAACGGCCGCCCAGCCUUCUCUGGGCCGGAGGAGACCGAGGAAAAGGUGGAAGCCCUCCUCCACCAGCUACCCUGGCGCCAGAUGGAAGGCCCACCCAGCAGCUGCCUGCAACCGGGCGGAGUCCGUGGGCCAGCUGCCCACAGGGCUGGACACUCCAGGCUAAUGCUGGGACAGGGCCUGAGGUGACGUUUGCACCCCGCCCCCUUAGCUCUCCUUACAGGA